AUGGAGCCUAUGGCCCUGGUCCCUGUCCACGGGCCCAACAAGAUCCCACGCAGGGCCCUGUGGUGGAAACAACAAGAUGUGCAUGAAAAGCAGAUCUACGAUUUGGCGAUGGAGCAUGGAGCUGGCUUGAGCCGGACCACAAACCUGAGUUUGUCCACAGGACGUACUGCAUUGAUCGAUGCUUUGCUGCAAGUGCUCUGGAUGGUGCCUACGCUGCUGAUCUCUGCAACACUGUUUAUCUUGAUAGGAUGGACUGAAUAUUGCAUUGCCUGCGACAUCUCUAGAGCCCUCUUUGGUGCCUACAAGAGGAGGCAGAUGUCAUCUUCCAGUUCGACCUGGCAGGCGCUUGGGCUGCAGUUGCUUCCCCUGCUCAUCCUGCUUGCAUGCCUCAGCAUUAUGAUUUCCCGAUGUGGGCUGGCCAUUGCUUUACAGGUGCGGCCUCCUUUGCACCCUGACACCAGGAACAUCUCGUGCCCCAAGCAUGUUCUGCAGGGGAGACUAAUCUGGCUCAGUGCAUGGAGAGCAGUGUGCAGCACGGACACUCACCAUCUGCUUGAACAGUGGGCUCACAGCAUUCAGGUUUGGAUCCCGAGGGGUCCUGAGGGGCACAUCUCUUCUGCCUCCGGCAUGCCGGCGAGUCCUGAUGACUUCUCCUCUGGCGAAGAUGGACCACCUACGCCGGCUCCUACCACGCCAGGGGGCACUCCGUUGCCGGCUGGCCCCCCGCCGCCGAGGCCAGUGACUGACCUCAGGUCGAUGUCGCACCGCAUCUCAGGGGCCAUCAUCCAGACCUUCUCGGAGGUGGGCAUCCCGCUCCACCAAGUGCUGACUCACUUGCCAUGGACAUAUGGAGAGCUCCGCUCUGCCCGGGUCGAGGUUAGCUUCCUGACCCCAGCUCAGGCCUUCCACCCGAACACCCUCCUGGCCAAUGAGGACGGCAUAGCUGCUGAAGAGGAAGAGGAGGAGGUCGAAGCAGAUAAUGAUGGGACAGAGGCCUCAAGCUCCAGGCCGACCCCGGCAACAGCGGUGGAUGAGGCGAUUGACACGGUACUGUCCAACGACCUCAUCCAGAAUGUGGCGGGGUAUCUCAAGGCUAGCCUGUUCCUCUUCGGCUGCCACCUUGCCAAUGCCACGGGCCUUCUACUUCCAGUUCUACAUCAAGACCCAGACAGAGCCGCCCGGGUCCCAAGUCCCGGGGCAGUCACUUUGGCCACCUACUUCGAUUACAUCAGGGCGAAGCCACCGGGUGGCGACAGCCACAGCUUCCCGCACCACUCAGGAGGCCUGCAUGACACCUUGUACCAUGAAGUAAUUGCAUGGCUUCAGGCUGAGGCAGAGGCCCACCGACGAGUGGACAUUUGCUUCUUGCAAGAAACAGCCUGGCCUGCAGACCUGGAGUACACCACGAAGUUCACGAACAAAGGCGCUGUCAACUGGCACGUGGUUCACAGCGCGGGCGGAGAGAAAUCGGACAAAUCAGGAAUCAUGUGCCUCGUCCGGGCAGGCUUGGUCAAUGCGGAUCAGAUCAGAACGGCGGCCUUGAUCCCAGGUCGUGCUCUCCACUUGCGACUCUUACUUGCCACCCCGUUAGAUUGCCUAUGUCUCUACCAGCACUCGUGGAACCUCCAGAAGGCGAGUCUGAAAGGCAACAAACAGGAGGCAUUGCUGAAACUACGCAGGAGAGUUUGGGAGCUCCUGGACCGAUGGCUUCGGGCGACUCCUCAAAGGCACGGCUGCAUAGUUGCCGGCGAUCUGAAUCAGUCACUUUGUGAAGAUCCUCCUACCUGCGGACCAGGAUGCCUUCAGAGCAAAGAACCCCACCCGGAUCAAGGCGAGCUAAUUGAUAUCCUUCGAGCCCAUCGCUGCUGCGUGCUCAACACUUGGUCCCAACCGAGUGUCUCGGCGAGGACUUUUCUUCCUCCGCGAGCUGCUGACGAUCGGCUUGGAACUCAGAUAGACUUUGUCAUCUCGAGGGGCCCUCUAGUCGACUCCAUUGCCAAGCAAGCUCGACCGGUCCAAGCCCCCUUUGUGCCAGUCAGCGGAUGUCGUCACCGUCCUGUGACAGCAUCCCUGCCACAUCCUCGGACUCCGCUGCCUGCGCCCAACAAAGAUCGUCUACACCCGCGACAGGUCAGGGACAACCUCCACGACCCUGACUUUGCACAGCUCCUGAGGACCCAUGUGGUCGCUGGGCUUCAAGAAAGUGAUGUGGAGACCUCUGUUGAUGCACAACUCCUUGCAGGCUGGAAGGCUGCGACCCUGGCGAUUGCCCAGGUCAAGGGUGGGACGGCGAGCCAAGCAGGCCCGGUGGUUGACUUCGAAGGCCCUCUUACCCAACAUGUCAAACUCCUGUGGCAGCUCCGGACCGGGCUUCAAAGACUGGGACAGGACAUGGGGCAAUGGAGGCGAGCGGGCACCCCCUUCCGCCUCUUUUUCCAGGCCUGGAGACUCUCGAGCCAAAUGCAGCAGCAUGCCAGACAACUCCGCAAGGCCUGCCGACUUCGGAAGACAGCCAAGGUCGCGGCGGUUGUUCAAGAUGCCAACAUCCAUCAAGCUGCAAAGCAAUUUGCACCGAAGGUUCCCCGCCGAAGACUCCAGCUACGACGACCAGAUGGCAGUCUUCAAACUCAAGAGGAGGAAUUCCAGCAAAUAGUUGACCACUUCGAACAACUCUACAUGGGACCCCCGUGCUCCUCACAACCACGCCUCUCUCAGGACCUGAACAUCACAACGGAGGAGAUACAACAGGCUUUACAACGUCUUCGUCCUGGAAAGGUUCUCCCCUCAUCCAGUGCACCGGCUGCACUAUGGAAAUUCUUCUCCUCGGAGGUUGUGGGAGUCCUUCACAUGCAGUUUGAGGCCCACCUCUCGGCCGGCCAGGCCUCACUCCCCUUGCAGUGGAACCUCAGUGAGUUAGUACUCUUACCGAAGGUUGGGAAGACCCUCCGAUCCCCGGCCCAUUUGAGGCCGAUAUGCCUUCUUCCGCUGCAAGCCAAAGUUCUCGCUGCCGUCCUAGCAGGCCGGUUACAGCCCUUCGCUGUGGACUUCCUCAAGGAGGUCCCGCAAUUUGCUUAUGUGCCACAUCGCACUCUUCAGCAGGCCCUAGAUCGGGUUCUAAGCCAUUGUGCUGCCGUUCGUACUCUGAUAGCACAAAAUCAGAAUGAUCCACAUGCAAGGCGGCAAGGCAAGACUGGACUCCGAGUAUGCGGAGGCCUCCAGUUGUCACUUGACAUCACGGGGGCUUAUGAUUAUGUUCCCAGACGAGAUUUGGAGGCGGCGUUGAGAGCUGCUGCUGUUCCAGACCACCUGAUCCAAGCGGUGCUCCUCAUCCAUGCCGAAGCUCGACUCCAGGUUCAUCAUGGAUCUCAGACGAAGCGAAUAAGUCUGAAUCGCGGAUUGAGGCAGGGAUGUGGAUUAGCACCCAUCCUUUGGGCGCUGUACAGCGCCUGGGUGCUGAAGCAGCUGCAUGACCCUGAGCUACUUGACAUAGCCCGGACUGGCACGGUCUACGCAGAUGACAAACAUUUCUCGUGGCUGAUCAGGAGUGGCAGGGAUGUGGAGAAGGCCUAUGCUGCAGUCCGCUAUGUGCUCACCUCGCUUCACAGACGAGGCCUCUGUGUCAGCAUGGAAAAGACUGUUGUCCUCUUUACACUUCAUGGCCCUCUAGCCAGCAAGACUAUGGACAGGUAUGUGGUGACACUCAAGGACGGCCCUCACCACAAGCUCUCCAUCGAUGGCUCUUCGGUCUACAUCAAGGUUGUCCCGAAACACGUAUACCUUGGAGCAGUGAUCUCAUAUCGGCGACCCGAACGUGAAACCUACGAUCACAGGCUACGCCUCGCUCGGGCCUCUUUGUCAAGGCUGGGCAUUAUACUUCGCAACCGCUCGGUUCCUCAAAGACUCAGACUCCAGCUCUGGCAAGGUUGCAUCUGGCCGGCUCUUCUUCAUGGUUUAGACUGCACAGGCCUCCCUCUUUCCGAAAUGCAGGCACUACAGACACAACUGAUAGUUCAAGCUCGCUCGAUUGUGCGCUCGUAUAGCAUGUUCACCAGGGAGGCCAACGUGGACCUUAUCAAGAGACUAAAGCUCCCUUCACCGGUCCAGCGCCUACAACAAGCCUUCACCCGACGAAUGGAACUUGAUGCACACUUAGGCCCCUCACUCCAACUUACGGAGGAGCAGCGGCAGUGGCGACAUCUGGUGAGAGGGCAGCUUUUUGCUACAAUGGCCAACCUCUGGCAGCCACAGUGUCUUGAGCCCUCUCCAGAAGCCAAAGCUAGAGUGGUUUGUGUGGAGAAAGUCCUUCAUGAAACCUUCGAGUGCGAGAUAUGUGGUCAACAAUUUGUGUCCCAAGCCUCCCUUGGCCACCAUCAAUACAGCAAACACUUUGAUGCUGAACAACAGGAGGCUCGAGAUGUGGAGAGGGUACAAGCACGCAAAGCCUCACCUAUGGAGCACGCCUUGGACGGGAUGCCUCAAUGCCGCCACUGUAGGUAUCAAUUCACGACUUGGCCGGCCUUCUUUUAUCACGUGAAUAGCCGCAGCUGUGAGUUUCUUCGUGCUAUAUAUAGCCAAGACUGCCCUGAAGCCACGGUGCUCCCUCUCCUGAACGAGUCCCUUGUGGCCUCGGAGACAUUACUCUCCCUUGCCAAGGACAGCGACUGGAAAGUCUUAGCACAGGCUGAGAUUGUCAGGUCUAAGCAUAAUCACUGCCUUGAGUGCCACCAUUGGUGUGUCCGACCACAGUAUGUUCGCCGCCACAUGCAGAAACAGCAUCCUGAACGAGCCUCGCUGAUUCAGAAAUGCAUCCAGGAGAUUACUCAAAGCAACAUUGGCAUUCAGAACCCAUGUCAGUACUGUGGUCAGAGCUUCACUCGGAAAGCCGACCAUCCGGGACCCUUGGCCAACAUGUUCUUUCGCGAGGAGGGGGAGGGACCGCUCCCCAUGGAACUCCAGGACCUGAAGGAGGCCACGAAGGAACUGCACAUGAUCCAGAAAAUGGUGGGAGGACUGGAGGACCCGUUUGCCCUCUCCGACCAACACGAGGACGACAGGCCUCAGAAGUGGCAGCCCCAACAUCUGCAGGAGUCCCCAAACGACGGCAAGGGAGGCAAAGGCGGCAAGGGCCAGAAGGGGGGUACACGCUCCUACAGGCCUUGGCCAAACAAGCAAGGUCAGCGACCACAGAAGGGGGCACUACAGGCUCCGAACCCUCAGGGCCCACAAGAGCCUCAGAUCAGCCAGAAGAAGCUGGAGGAACUGCAAGCGGUGGUGAGCCUCCUCACGACGAUCGUCCUUCGACAAGAAGUUCAACUCAAUAUCUUCCGCCAGGACACCGCAUAUGUCAUGUUCCUGCAGGCUCAAGGACCUGGCAACCUGGCACAGAGCCUCUAUGCAGUGGGGUCGGGCUGGCAUCACACGAAGGAGCAAUCACCGGAGCAGCUAACCUCACCAAUGAGGGUGGUCCUGCUUCAACAUGUGUUGGAGCGAGUGGCGAAGGGUUUCGAGGAGAUGAUGGCCACUCCGUCAUCCAGGUCGAAGGCCAUCGAGACGGAGUGGUUGAGCAAGGACGAGUCGCUGAUACAGGCGAUGGGGUGGAGCCCCACGGAGAACCGACAUGUGGUGGACACCAAGGCGGAUGCACAGACACCCAGCACGAUCCGCCAAGCCCUCCAGGAGCUCUUGAUUCUCAGCUCGCAGGACUUCGUGGUCACACGAUUCCACGGGAUGCGCAAGCUGGCGGAGGAGUACAAGGCUCCCAUUUUGGGCAUGUUCCUCGAGGUGGGCAACCGGGUGGAAGCAGCUCAGAAGGCUUGGCGUGCACUACACCUCCUUGCACAGUCGGCGGCAUUGCUGGCAGCAGGCUGCUAUCUUCGCCACGAACGGAUGCAGUUGCGUGCCUUGAGCAAGAGAUUGGCCGCCCUGACACGGUAG